AUAUAUAUAUAUAUUUGUGUCUAUUCACCUUGUUUGCUAGAAUUAUUCAUCUGUUUUUUGAUUUAUUCGUGUACCUGUGUGUGUGUAGCAUUUCCGCACCGCUGUACUGUAUCACACAGGUCCUCGGACUUGUGUCAGUUGUUUCAGAUCCAACUCUGCUGUUGCCGCACGAGAUGUCGAGCAGUCAGGGUGUCGGGCAGAAACAGCAACUACAACAACAGCAGCAACAGGCUAAUGUGCCGACAACGGAACCGGCGGAAGAAUCUCUGCAUCCGUCACAGCCGCCGGAACAGCAGCCACCCGCAUCACCAAGGCGGAGAAGUGUAGAGCAUGCACAUUUGCAGCAAGAUGACCCCUUUGGGCAUCCAGGACUCGCGUUAUCGCGUGACNGCGGAGAAGUGUAG